AUGUAUGUCAUAAACCUGGCCCAUCAUACAGAGCGGGCUGAGUAUAUCCGCUCGACCUUUUCUCGCAAAGAACAUGGAGUGAGGUUUGUUACUGCUGUCAACGGACUGGAUCCGGAGGCCUUGUACGCACAAGUCAGCAACCUCGAUGACCUUGACAGACUAAGGAAUGAUGGAGACCGCUAUACGCUCUGGAAGACAGGCGCGACGCGAGGCCAGCUAGGCAAUACAGUUAGCCUGCUGAAUGCGAUGGCGCAGGCGCUUGAGGAUGACAUGGAGUACGCCAUCAUUGCGGAGGAUGACGUUGCGGACGCGACCAAGUGUCUCUUCCCGGCGCCUUUGUCUUCAUACGUGGCUUACGCCAACAAGCACUACUCCGGCUGGCAUAAUAUUAGGCUGGAAUGGGGAGUCCACCGACCCGUGGUCAAUUUGAUCAAACGGUACUGGUACCAUCAGGUCAAAAAACGACUGACAGAGUCCGCACUUAGGCAGACCCCGUCGGAUAUCCCCGAACUGGGCCGGACCUAUGGCCAUUGGACCGGAGAGGAAGACUUCCCCAUUUUGACUCCCAGUACCGCAGGCUGGGGCACUGUUGCGGUUCUUUGGAGUCGGGCGGGCAUGCAGUAUCUGACGUCCGCCCUGCAGGCGGACGCAGACAACGAGCAGCAUCCAGCGCGCUGGACCUGUCCGCGGGAGUACCGCUGCAUCAGUGACAACUUUUUCUGGCAUCUUGGACCGCCCAACACGACCCUUAUAACAACUCCACCUCUCAUUGGCUGCCGCAUGGCCGAGAGCUCCACCGCAGAAAUACGCGGUAGGAGAACAAACAACCUUUUGACACACGUCGGCAUUACCGCCAUCAACACGCACUGGUUACUAGAGACCUACGAAAUGCUGCAACCACGUCGCCCCGGGAUCGACACAUGGCCUCCAUUGCUUCAAUACAGCGUCGGCAACGCUGUCUGGAGCUGA